CCGAAACGACGUCCUUAGAUACUGAAAAGUAAAUAUAGGCGAAAGACGUGUUUUUAGCGCUCUCAAUUUUUGUUAGUUUAACGCUCAAUUUCAAGAAUUGCCUUGAUGUUCAACGAACGAAAAUAAACUGUAUAAAGACAUGCAGACCGGCGACAAUCUAACCAAUGCCGUUACGAUGUCGCUCACAGAGAUACCCGAUAACCUGUUGCGCAACGAAACUCUUCUCGGUGGUCAACAGGGCGUUAUUACAAGUGGGCCACUUUUCCAACGCGAACAUGACAGAAUGAUGGAAAUCUUCAUAUUCCCGUUCGUUUUCCUGGUGAUUUACUUGGUCGUCGGUGUCAUCGGAAACACCAUCGUGAUAUACAUCUUUUCGGCCAAGUGGAAACUCACCAAAACGACCAUAUUCAUUCUCACAUUAGCCGGCGUGGACCUUAUGUCUUGCCUAAUUAACAUGCCCACCGAGGCCGCCAUUCUUUGGAAUCCAAUUAGCUUUGAUCACGACGUGAUGUGUAAAAUUUCACGGUAUACGACUUUCAUCGCGUCGGCCUCCUCCUCUUUUGUUUUGGUGGCAAUAUCAGUAGACCGAUACUUAAUGGUCUGUAGACCGUUCCUUGGCCGAGGCUUGGGUAUCAAGUACGCGAAGAAAUCGUGUAUCAUUGCUGACCUCUUAGGAAUCAUAACCACGUGGCCUUCUCUCAUAUUCUACGGCACAUACACGUACAAUGUAGUCGAAUCAGACCACGUGACUGGUGCGAAUUUCACCAUUGAAACGAAAACUUGUUUAAUCUCGAAUUUUUACGUGGAGCACGAUAAGCUGCCGGCGGGAUUUUAUUUCUUUCUUUUCGGUGGACACGUGAUCAUGUUUGUCAUACUGGCAAUGCUAUACAUGCUCAUCGGGCGGAAGUUAUACAUGUCUGCAACGCGAGCAAUUAUAUCCGAAGAUAAAAGACACCGUAUGAAGUUUUUCGGUCUAAGCAUGAUGUCCGCAAUUACCGGAUCAGUUCCCAGUAGUCCCGCCGGGGACGGCCGGGAAAUGAGCAGCAUAGGAAGUAGGAUUUCAAGAGCGGUUUCCUUGGACAAUAUCCACCGACUGGAUUUCAGCCCACGAGCGGUAAACGGGCGAAUAAGCACAGAAACUAUGUUUAGCGUAUUAUCAAAUUUAUCAAAUGGAAAAGAUAGCCACCAAAUACAAACCGGUAGUAAACCGGAAGCUUAUUUUGACAGAAUGAAAUUGAAGGACGCUAAAGAUGAACAUCAGAAUAAAAACAAUGCGACGAAUGCGGAAAUAAAUGUUACAGAUAACAGUAGAUGUGUAUCAACGUCCGCACACGACUACGUAACAAAUCCACCUGUCAUAACGGUCUCAAACAACAGUUCAGAAAGUGUUCGCUGUCCAUCUCCGGUUAAAAAACCGAGUGAUGAACUUAGAUUAGACAUUGAGACAACUGCGAAGGCAGGGCGGGGCGCGCUCUCAAAUGACCGCCUAUCGUCAGGGUCAAGCGGCACUUUCUGUCUGACCCCGAUGACGCCAAUAACGCCCGAAAGCGUCCGUAGCAUCCUGUAUCGGAGCCAAAGCGUGGAAAGUCGCGCGAGGUUGAACCGCCUCAUCGCGGACGAGUUACAACACUCACAGGUCAAGGAAGUGAGCCUGAAAAGCAAUACGCGCAUGCUCCGAAUGGUCACCAUAGCAUUCGUUGUCAGUUUUCUGCCGUAUUUGAUAAUCGUGACUUUACGGCACUCGAAUCCGAAUAUACCAAAUCACCUGAAUAAAUCUGAACAGAUCGUGUACCACGUGUUCACACGGUUAUACUUUAUCAAUUCCAUGAUUAAUCCGUUUAUAUACGGAUUUAUGAAUGUGAAGUUUAGGGCAAAGUUGAAGGAAUUGUUCUGUUUAUUUUGCACAAGACAUAAACUCCGAGUACCGAUUAAAGUUUGAAUUCUUGGUGUGAAAUGCUUUAUAAAUUUUUUAUAUAAUGUUUGAUGUAAAAGAUAUAUUUUUAAUAUUUUUUAAGGGCAAUGCGCAUAUGUUUGAUGUUAAAAGUCCAUAAGAUUUACGUGUGUGUUAUGAUGAUUAUAAUCUCAGAAAACAAAAUAAACAGCCUAAUAUGUCGAUAUAUAAUGAAAGGAUGUAAACAAUAAUUUAACAUAAAAUUAACGAAUAUUGAUGGUUUUUGUUACGUAAGGAAGUAUUUAUUAUAUGUAUUUAUUUAUUUGGACUUAUUUAUUAAACAACAGUUAGAAAUUACAAAUCAAUUGUUCCAUGUCGAUAAAAAGCUGGACAUUACUAACCUUAUUUUAUUGAAAAGAAUAUAAAAGUAGGCCAAUCUUUUAUAAAACAAACAGAUUUUUUCCGAAAAGGACGUUCACAAUAUUAAUACUGAGAUGAUUUUGGAGCGGACUACAUAAGCUAGAACGUGUUUUAGAGAUGAAUCACAAUACAAACGGUAAAUAUUCUACCACGCUUUUAAAAUAAACGGCUGUAUGUAUCGUAAUAUCUUAAACAAAAAUCAAAUUGUAUAGGCCCCUACUACACAUACAUAUACCUUGUUAUUACUCGAUGUUUUAAACGCAUAUUUCAGACUGCUUUGUAUGGUUUUAUUUGGCUUAUUUUUGUUCUUCCAGCUUAAGUAAACACUUACAUAUCAUAUUUGAACUGUAAUAUUUCAAAAGAUUAUUUAUCAUUAACAUUGGCAGUGUACGUAACUAUAAAAAGCUAUAUUUUAAUUGUCGUUUGUAUACAUGUAUUUUUGUGUCUUCAUGCAAGUAAAUUGCAGUGAAUAUUAAUUUAAAAGCAUUUGUUAUUGAUUGGAAUCCACUUAUAUUGUCGAUUCC